UCGGUGACGUCCUUCCUGCGCCGCCGUGCAACACGUGUGCGGUGUGCAGGCCUGAGCUAAAGGGGAACAACAACAACCGAUCCUCCUCGCGCAGAGACUUUCGAGUGGUCCCCACUGGUUUUUUUUAAUUCUUUUUUGUCCGUGCGAGGCUUUGCCGACCAAACCGCCAACAUGGUGAAGCCGCAGUUCAAGGGGAAGAGCACCAUCAACCCCUCGUCGUCCAGCAGCAACCCCGAUCGAGCCAAAGGUGCUGGUGGGACCAACAUGAGGGACCGAUCCACGAUCAAGCGUCUGAAUAUGUACAGACAAAAACAGAGAUGUAAUAACCGUGGAAAAGUCAUAAAACCGUUACAGUACCAGUCCACGGUGGCUCCAGGGACCGUAGCCAGAGUUGAACCAAACAUCAAAUGGUUUGCAAAUACCCGUGUGAUCAAGCAGUCAUCCCUCCAGAAGUUCCAGGAAGAGAUGGGAGCAGUGCAGAAGGAUCCAUAUCGUGUGGUGAUGCGACCGAGCAAACUCCCCAUGUCCCUUUUGCACGAUAGAGUCAAAGCCCAUAACUCCAAGGUGCACAUUCUGGACACGGAGGGUUUUGAGACCACGUUUGGACCUAAGGCUCAGAGGAAAAGGCCCAGUCUCAUGGUGGGGGACAUGAAAGACCUCAUCCAGCAGGCGGAGGCCUCGGCCGAGAGCUACAGUGCAGACAACGACAAAAACCUAGUGACUGAGGACACGGGCGUCCGGGCAGAGGCACGCGAGGAAAUCUUCAAGAAGGGCCAGUCCAAGAGGAUCUGGGGUGAACUUUACAAGGUGAUUGACUCAUCUGAUGUCAUCAUCCAAGUGCUGGAUGCCCGAGAUCCCAUUGGCACACGCUCCAAAAGCAUAGAGUCAUAUCUGAAGAAGGAGAAAACCUGGAAACAUCUUAUCUUUGUGCUCAACAAGUGUGAUCUCAUCCCCGCCUGGGUCACGAAACGGUGGGUUGCUGUUUUGUCACAAGAGUACCCCACUCUGGCUUUCCAUGCCAGUCUCACCAACUCGUUUGGUAAAGGCUCCCUCAUCCAGCUGCUGAGGCAGUUUGGCAAGCUCCACACAGACAAGAAACAGAUAAGUGUGGGUUUCAUUGGUUACCCCAAUGUGGGUAAGAGCUCAGUCAUCAACACGCUGCGGUCGAAGAAGGUCUGCAACGUGGCCCCCCUCGCUGGAGAAACAAAGGUGUGGCAGUACAUCACUUUGAUGAGGCGCAUCUUUCUCAUCGACUGCCCUGGUGUUGUCUACCCUUCAGAAGACAGUGAGUCUGACAUCGUCUUGAAAGGAGUGGUUCAAGUGGAGAAGAUCAAGAACCCAGAGGAGCACAUUGGGUCAGUACUGGAGCGGGCUAAGCCAGAAUACAUCCAGAAGACCUACCGCAUCCCUACCUGGAACAAUGCUGAAGACUUUCUUGAGAAGCUGGCAUUUCGCACUGGGAAACUUCUAAAGGGUGGUGAGCCAGAUCUUCAAACAGUCUCCAAAAUGGUGUUGAACGAUUGGCAGAGAGGACGUAUUCCCUUCUUUGUGAAACCCCCGGGACCUGAGGGCGAACAGGAGAAGGAGCCGUUGCCAGUUGAAGGACCCUCUGACGUGGCUGAGAAAGUGCAGGAAGAGCAGCCAGACAAUCCGACUGCCGUGUCAGAGGAACAUGAGGAACAACAGCAGCGGCAGCAGAGACAGAAGGAACAGGUCCAGAAAAUCCUGGCUAACGUGCGACAGAACUUUGGUAAAAUUAAUGUGGCACCUGAGUUCAGCGAGGAAGACUUAGUCCCCGUGGAGAUACCAGACAUGGACAUGUCUGACUUCUCUGGCUCUGACGACGAGGAGGAAGAGGACGGAGACGGUGGAGAGGAGGAUGGAGAGGAGGACGGGGAGGAGGACGGGAAGGAGGACGGGAGCAGAGUUGAGCAAGCUGUUGGAGAAGCCGAGGACACUGAGCCCACAACCUCUCAGACUGGCAAAGAAACCAGCAGCAAGAGUUCACGCGAGGUAAUCCGUGAGCUGGAUGACAAAAUCGCUAAAUACAAGCAUUUCCUGGACCGGGCCAAAUCCAAACGCUUCUCUGCAAUCAGGAUACCCAAGGCACUGUCUGACAAAGCCUUAACAGACAUCAAGACUAAAGCAGCAGCAGCAGCAGCACCCGCUAAUCAAUCACAAAAGAAAGCUGCAAAUCAGAGAAGCAAGAAAAGGAAAGCUGAGGACGACGAGGAGUCCGCCCAGCCGCACAGACUGACCUCUAAACAGAGAAGAGCGAUGGAUCGUGCUAAUAGGACGAAGAAAGUUGGCGUGCGCUAUUACGAAACGCACAAUGUGAAAAACAAGAACAAGGACAGAAAAGCCCCAGCAGCAGCCACAGAAGGCCAAAAGACCAAAAGACCAAAGCACUAGACUGGAGUUAUACAACACAACAUUUGUAAUAAAUCUUUAUUUAAUUUGGCCAAAAAGGGCCAUGUUGUAGAGUUGAGGAAAGGUGGAAUACUAACUAUUUUGAGUAUUAAAAGGUCUUUAUCAAGUGGCCACUUGAUGCCUUAUCAUGACCUUGACUGUCCCUCAGGAAACUGACGUCGCAUCUGCCUUUUCUUUUCCUUUCAGCCCCUACUCUGUUUUUCAAUCAUAUUUCAUACAUCAUUUACAGGUAAAAUGCUCUCUUGACUUUCAAGAGAAAUGUACAGUGAUUGUUGGAACUGUGCUUGUCAUGCUGUUGAAGACAAAUAAAAUAUUUCCUAAUUA